CGGUCCUCCCAUCUCUUCUUCUUUUAGUUCCCAAACCCUUAUAAGAAGUUCAACCCUCUCCCGCGUCCCCCAGAUCUGAGGUCACCGGGCAACCGAUAGCCUAAGAUUUGGAGAGAAUUCCGAUCUAAAGGUGCCCUUUUCCCCUUUUUUUCUGAUCGCCCUCUCGUUGCAAUGCGUUGGGUUUGGAAUGAUUCUGACGGGCGGAUUUCUUUAGAAGAGGCGGACGGGAUUGUUGAAAAGAUGCGCUUCUCACGAUUAGUGAGAAGAUGAUGUGGUUAUUACAUCCCGUGCAUGAAAGGGUGAUUGAUUUCUGAUUCUGGGACCUUUUUCUUUGGCUUCGCCUUUGUAUAGGAGGGAGGAUAAUUGGACUGUUUGCCUGUUGGAUGUCAGAUGAUUUAGGAUAGAUGUCAAGAAUUCAAAGGAGAUCGUGGAUGAGAUGAGGGAUGUUAGCAGCGUUGAUGAACCUACUGAGAGCCUGCUGGCUGCCAUCAGAUCGAUAUGUCCACACGGGUUCUGAUGCUGUAGGCCGGCAUGAUGGGCUUCUAUGGUAUAAGGACAGUGGACAGCACACUAAUGGGGAGUUCUCCAUGGCUGUGGUCCAAGCAAACAGCUUGCUUGAGGACCAGAGCCAGAUCGAGUCUGGACCACUGAGUUUGCUUGAUUCCGGGCCAUAUGGCACCUUUGUUGGUGUGUAUGAUGGUCAUGGCGGUCCGGAAACAUCCCGCUAUAUCAACAAUCAUCUUUUUCAGCAUCUUAAGAGAUUUGCAACUGAACAGCAGUCCAUGUCAGCGGAUGUAAUACGAAAGGCAUUCCAAGCUACAGAAGAAGGUUUUGUAUCUCUAGUCACCAAUCAAUGGCCUACUAAUCCGCAGAUUGCAGCUGUUGGCUCCUGCUGUCUAGUUGGUGUUAUCUGUGGUGGCAUGCUGUACACGGCUAAUCUCGGGGACUCCCGUGUUGUUCUUGGGAAACUUGUUAAAGCAACAGGAGAAGUUCUGGCUGUCCAGUUGUCGGCAGAACAUAAUGCUGGAAUUGAGUCUGUGAGACAAGAGUUGCAGUCGAUGCACCCAGAAGAUAAACAAAUUGUUGUUUUGAAGCAUAAUGUUUGGCGUGUGAAGGGCCUAAUCCAGGUUUCUAGAUCAAUUGGUGAUGUAUACCUUAAGAAGGCAGAAUUUAACCGUGAACCCUUGUAUCCCAAGUUUCGACUUCGUGAACCUUUCAAAAAGCCUUUACUCAGCUCAGAACCAUCAAUUUCUGUACAACCACUUCAACCACAAGAUCAAUUUCUUAUAUUUGCAUCUGAUGGGCUAUGGGAGCAUCUCAACAACCAAGAAGCUGUGGAUAUUGUUCAUAAUAACCCUCGCAGUGGAAGUGCUCGGCGGCUCAUCAAAGCCGUGCUUCAGGAAGCAGCAAAGAAACGAGAGAUGAGAUACUCCGACCUCAAGAAGAUCGAUCGCGGGGUCCGUCGCCAUUUCCACGAUGACAUCACGGUCAUUGUCGUCUUCCUCGACCCCAAUCUGGCUAGCAGGGCCAGCUCGCACCGAGGCCCCGCCCUCUCGCUGAGAGGUGGUGGGAUCAACCUGCCUGCUAACUCUCUCGCCCCUUCUUCUUGAUGACUCCCAUGCCAUGUCUUGUAGUAGAUGAAGCCUCAACCUGACUUCCAUGAUAAUGUCCUCAGUGAUAUAUAUGUCAUGUUUUAGCUUGCUUUAUUUUAGCACGUUUUAUGCAGAAAAUAGUUACUCGUGUGUCAUCCAUAGAAUCUUUACUUUGUAUGUAUUACUUUUUGCUCUC